AUGGCGGAGCGGCGGGCGCUGGAGACCCGCCUGGUCGAGAACCAGCCGUACGACGAGAGCCUGGACCUGCCGGAGGCCGAGGAGGCGGGCGGCGCGGCGGGGAGGCCGGCCGGGGCCCGUUCGCCGCGGGCCGGGGGCGCGGGCCGCCCCCGGGGCUCCCGCCGGCCGGGACUGCCCGGGGCGGGAGGUGGCGCGGCCGAUCGCAGCAGCGAGGAGGAAGGCAGCGGCGGCAAGGAAGAGGCGGCGGCCCGCUCGCCCCACCCCGCCGCCCUCAGCGAGGACGAGGACGACGACGACGACUCGGAGGAGGAGGAGGAUUCCUCCGAGACCGACUCGGAGGACGACUCGGAGGAGCACGGGGCUGCUCUGGAGGGUGACCUCAGUCUAGCAGAUUACGACUACCUGCCAGUGUCUUCUGAAAUCAAAGAACUCUUUGAGUACAUCAAGAGGUACGCUCCCAAAACGAUAGAGAUCGAGCACAAGCUGCAGCCUUUUAUCCCAGACUUUAUUCCUGCGGUUGGAGACAUCGACGCGUUCCUAAAGGUUCCCCGUCCCGACGGCAAGCCUGAUAACCUCGGCCUGCUGGUCCUGGACGAGCCCUCGACCAAGCAGUCGGAUCCCACCGUGCUCUCCCUUUGGCUGACGGAGAACUCCAAGCAGCACAACGUCACGCAGCAGAUAAAAGUGAAGAGCUUGGAGAACGCAGAGAAGAACCCCAAAGCCAUUGACAGCUGGAUCGAAAGCAUCAGCGAGCUGCACCGCUGCAAACCUCCUGCCACGGUCCAUUACACCAGGCCGAUGCCCGACAUCGAGACCCUGAUGCAGGAAUGGUCACCGGAAUUCGAGGAGCUCUUGGGAAAGGUGGGCCUCCCGACCGCAGAGAUGAACUGCGACCUGGCCGAAUACGUCGACAUGAUAUGCGCCAUCCUGGACAUCCCCGUGUACAAGAGUCGGAUCCAGCCUCUGCACGUCCUCUUCUCCCUCUACUCCGAGUUCAAGAACUCGCAGCAUUUCAAGCCCCUGGCUGACGGGAAGAAGGGCAGGAGCCCGCCACCCAACCCACCUUCACGAGCGGCGGAGGCGGAAGUGUUAAGCUUUACUUGAAGCUUCACGUUAAACCCUCGUCUCCCGGAUCAACGCCUGCUGCUGGACGCGGAGACUCGACCAAAGCCGCCUGUGAAGCAGCGCGCAGCGCUUCAGGAGCCUCCCUGGUUUUACAGAUACGGCUGAGCUGCUCUGCAUUCACAGAGGAGGACUCGACUCAUCGCGUUUCUUGCAGAAGCUGCCUAACCGCUCCGUUUUUGACUUGUUUCCCAAGGAGUUCAGCGUUCAACCGGCUCUUCCCAACGACAGGCGCCCUGUGACGUAGACGCUGCGCAGCGGAGGCUCCUCGAGCGCGCGCACGCGUGCUACAAGCGCCAGAGCGAGCGGGAAUAAAUUCCACGCGCAGGCACAACCCUCGGCUCUUCCCAGCGUGUUCCGAGGUCUGACCUGGGGAUCUCGAAUCUCCUCCGCCCCGCGUUAUUGAGCCCCUUUUUCUAUUCCCGAGCCCCUUCACUGACGCCAAGGAGAAAUAACCAGCGCGGCACCGCACAGACGCUCGAGUUUAGUUUAUUGCUGCGGGGACGACUCCCUCCAGCCCCUGCCACACUGCCCGCCCACCCCUCUGCCGCAGCUCUGGCAGGGGCGGAGAGGAUCGCGCGGCAAGCAGGCCACGAACCAGCUUGGCCUUACCCCGGGAGGAAUCGCAGCGCUGGCAGAGCCUGGCUAUAAGCGGCUUUUGAUGCGUUUUGAUUACAACAGUCUAUUCGUAAAGUGCACGGGCUACGUAAAGACAUGCCAUGGCUAACGGCGC